AUGUUCAAUAACAGGCACUGGGUAUUCCAACAAGAUUCGGCGCCAGCUCAUAGAGCGAAGAGCACACAAGUUUGGCUGGCGGCGCGUGAAAUCGACUUCAUCCGGCACGAAGACUGGUUCUCCUCCAGUCCAGAUUUGAAUCCGUUAGAUUACAAGAUAUGGCAAAACUUAGAGGAAAAGGCGUGCUCAAAGCCUCAUCCCAAAUUGAGGCACUGGGUAUUCCAACAAGAUUCGGCGCCAGCUCAUAGAGCGAAGAGCACACAAGACUGGCUGGCGGCGCGUGAAAUCGACUUCAUCCGGCAUGAAGACUGGCCCUCCUCCAGUCCAGAUUUGAAUCCGUUAGAUUACAAGAUAUAG